GUUCCCUCCCUCAGAAAUCCUAGUCACACUCAAGUUUCAUUCCACACUGCUAGCACCCACACGAAGCAUGAUCACCUGCGUCUCACGGAAAUAUGAACAUGGCGUGUCUGUUACAGAAGGUGCUUCUCAUGGCAUCUGUCAGACAGAUCAUAUGCCACACUCUGCUGACUCUUUCGACACUAGAGGAACGACCGGAAGGAAUUAAGAUAGGCACCCUAAGCACAGCCUACUCUCCUCCAUACCAGCUGCUUGGGAGUUCGUAUUUGAGAGUUAAUGAAGAAACCGGGGAUGUGUACACAACAGAGCAGAUGAUUGACCGGGAGACCCUGUGUCCAUCACAGGAUGGAGGGUACUGUACCAUCUCAGCCGUUGCCCUAGUGGGCCCUGAAAAAGAACUGAUGAAGAUAACCAUCAUCGUGGAGGAUAUAAAUGACAAUGCUCCUUAUUUUGAAACAAAUGAAAUUCGUUUAAGAAUUCCAGAGGAUGCAAGUGUCGGGACAAGGGUGCUGCUGGACGACAAGGCUCUGGACAAAGACAUAGGCAGCAAUGCAGAGAUAAGGUAUCAUUUAGAAGGCGCUGAAGGAUUCUUCAGUGUGGCACAGGACAGUUCUGCCCUUGAGCUGAUUGUUGAAAGAGAGCUGGACCGUGAAACUCAAAACGAGCACUGCAUGGUUCUUGCUGCUGUGGACAGUGGCUCUGUGCCUCUGAGUGCUAUGGUGUCUUUUGUUGUUGCGGUGCUAGAUGUAGACGAUCAGUGCCCGCAGUUCAGCCCUGAUAACCCUCACACUGUUUCGGUGCCAGGAGGAGCGACCCGGGGAACAACAGUGGCCCAGGUUCAAGCCAUAGACCCAGACCUGGGCAGCAACAGUCAGAUCACUUACUCCUUCAGUGUCCAGAUCUCAGAUCGGGCCAAGGAACUUUUCCACUUGGACAGAAACACAGGCAGGAUCAGUAUAGCUAUGGAUAUGAGGUUAGACAGCCUGGAGGAACAUGUGUUAAAAGUGGUUGCAAAUAGCCCACCUUGCCCUGUUGAGCAAACUCAGGUAACUGUAUAUCUGCAGCCAGUGUUGAGUCCAGAGCCGGCUGUCGAGAUCAAGUAUGUGGCACAGUAUAGAAACCAGACUAUAAUAUUACGGGAGAAUGAGCCACCAACUCUCUUGGCUCUUUUGGAGCUGAGAGACAUCUCAAGUGUCCAAAGAGUUCUGUCGUUAGAGGAAGACAGCUCAGCAUUCACUUUGAAAGCACAAGCAGGCAACUAUCUACUUUCAACCUCAAAACCACUAGAUUUUGAGCUGUGUAGCAAAUAUCUUGUUACUGUUGUUAUAAGUGAAGCCCAAGGCAAGCGUGUGCAUGCAAGGAAAGAGAUAAAAGUGGUGGUUGAAGAUGUGAAUGAUAAUACCCCACAGUUUGAGAAGACUUCCUAUCAGGUGGAGAUAGAGGAGAACAAUAAGCCUGGCAUUCCUUUAGUACAAGUCAUUGCAAGUGAUGCAGAUAGCGAGCUCUAUGGCAAAGUGUCAUACAGGCUGAUUCAUAAUACCCCUGCUAUCUUUAGUAUUGAUGAAGUGACAGGUGUAGUGUCUGUUUUAAAACUGUUGGACAGAGAGCAACAGGGAGAAUACAUUCUCACAGUGCUGGCCAGGGACAAUGGCUCUCCUCCAUUAGAGGCCUUUUCCUCAGUGUCGAUAAAGGUCCUCGAUCAGAAUGAUAACCAGCCAACCUUUGUCACACCACGCUUCAUCUUCUUCAUCUCUGAAGGUACUCCACACUUAGCCCAGGUUGGAAAGAUUGGAAUUGUGGAUGCAGAUGAAGGGGAUAAUGGAAAAGUGGUGGAUGUACAAGUACUAGACAAGCAUGUUCCCUUCGCCAUGGACCUGUCCCAGUCGGCACUUCGCUGUACAGGUGAGGUGGACCGGGAGAAGCAUGAGCAUUAUGAGCUGCUCCUGCUGGCUAUAGAUGGCGGCAGUCCUCAACGCUCCUCCACUGCAUCUGUAACUGUUUUUGUGGAGGAUGUAAAUGAUAACCAGCCCCAGGUGCUCCUGCCGAGCAGCAACCUCUCCUGCCUGACCAUACCCCCCAACACCAGGGCUGGCAGCAUCAUCACCAAAAUUUAUGCUAUUGACCGUGACUCGGGCAUGAAUUCAGAUAUUACUUACCACAUUAUAGCCAGGGAGCCAAUCAAUCCCAGCCCAUUUCAGAUCGAUCCACACUCAGGGAACAUCACGCUGGUGCAGCAGCUUGUGGGCAGAGACUACGGUAUGCACCACCUCUUAAUCAGAGUCAGUGAUAGAGGGAAGCCUGCACCUCUUCAGGCCACUGUGUGGGUUAAUGUACUGGUCAAUGAGAUUUCCAAGCAGUGCCACCUGACCACUGUUCCCCCAUAUUUCCCCGCAGCCUCAGAGCCCCCUCUGCCACCAAAACCUUAUAACCUGACAGAGAGUUGUACAGAACUGCCUUGGCUCCUACUGCUCUGUGGUCUGGGUAUGAUGGUGUUCUCAGUAUGUAUGUUUCUGGGCACUGUCAUAAUUUGCAUGAAACAAAAAAACUUGACGCGAAAAAGAACACGUAAGAGAGAUCACACAAAAGAACAUGAACUGAAACAUUUAAAUUAAAGGACAUAUGUUUUCCUUUAUUGUUACAAUGUUGUAUUAUAAAUAAGACAUUGUCAAUUUAAUAAUGAUACACAACAUAUUUUCAUGUUAAUGCACUGUAUUAUAUUUUUACAUGGUCCGUAUUGUAAAUUGAAAAUCUCAAAUACAUUCAAGUAAAGGUGAAAGUAAACAUACCCAGACAUACAGGAAUGUAUCUACCAGGAACUCUACCAACAAACCACAACAGCCUAGUUAGUUAUUAUCUGUCAUUAAAACAGUGAAAAUAUGGUUUUAAAAAAUGUUUUUUUCUAACAUGCAGCAUCUCUUCAGAUUUUAAACAGCUGUCAAUGACAUUAUCAGAAACAACCAGGCUUGUGAAUGCAACUGAUGCUUGAAUGAAUGAAUGAAUGAAUUUUGACACAAACAGAUGUUAGAGCAUUUUGUUCCCAGAAUUGUUUAAAUUUUAAGUCUAAAAGAUCCAAAAAGGAUAGUACUGUUCAGUACUUGGUUCCAUGGGGUAAAUCAAUUGGUCUAGUGCAAAAAAAAAAAAAAAAAAUUCAGAGGAUAAUUAUUAACACAAACAAUAACCAGGAUUAACCAGUGAUUACAGGAGCAGUCUUCCAUGGUGUAGGCACCUGUGAGGGCUGAAUGCUAUCGGCUAAGAGACCAGUCAGACAGCGAAUUUGCUAAUCCUCUAAUGCCUGAUUAGAACUCUCUCAAAUUCCCAAAAAUAAUUGAUGGAAGUCUCAGGUAUUUGCAGCCACAAAGGGGUCUAAUGUUUCUCUUUAAAAAAGGUGCUGCUUUGGAGAAGACUGGGGGAUGCUGAGAAAUGAAGCUUCGUCUCAAGUCACUGUGUUCCUUGUCAUUUGAUCUCCUCUCUCACCGCAUGUUGAAAGGCCAUUGAAUUGGGAUAUGUUCGGUAUGCAUAUCUACAGACAUGCUAUUACCUUAAACUUUCAUAAGCUUGCUCUCUUUCAGGAUUGCUAAAUAGUAAGCCAGUGGAUAUAAGUAGACAUUUUUAACCCAACUAUGCACAUGAACCUAUGUGCAGUUCAAGACUGCAUUCCUGGUAUUGCAGGGGUAGUGGUGUGAAAGCAAGUUACAUCAAUUCAGUAUACUGAUUGCAUCUUUGCUUAUCAUACAUUCAACAGUGCAUAACAAAAAGUGUUCCUAACAUACAAAGAAUAUUAUGUUAGGCAGCAGAACUAUUCUGCCCUGACCAUUUAGUGUGGUUUAAAAAAUUGUGACAGGUAGACAGGUACAUUGUAUGUAAUCACUGAUGUCUUUCUUUUCAUGAGAUAUGAAGAUAUAAUGUGUGAGAGUGCAGGAUCAACUAUUAAAUAUAGGGUUUAGUGGGUUUUAAUUCACAAAUUUUUUGUUGCUUUUUUUAAUCUGGCAAACAUCUCUGAAAACUCCUGCAACUUCAUUAAAUGUUUGUAUCAGUAACAUAUUGUAUGACAGGUUUCUGCAGUGGCCUGGGUUCCAUCUUCCUAAGUUAUCGCCCACACCUCUGCUCAUGUCACAACUGGAUCACCUCCCACUCCAGGAGCAACCACUCCUCAUCCUAAUCCUAAUCUAGCCCAGACAUUACAACACUCACACUCAACUGACUUCUGCCACACCUUUUCUCUCUCUCUCUCUCUGUCUCUCUCUGUCUCUCUGUUCAGUUCAGUUCAACAGUGCUUUAUUGGCAUAAAUGUUAGAAAUCACAUUAUUGCCAAAGCAAAUAGAUUAAACUAAAGGUUAUACAAAGAAAACACAUACCAUAUCUUCAUUUAUGCAUAAACAUAACAAAAAUAAUAAACAAGCAAGCAACAAAAUUUGCUCUUUUGCUUUCAUUGCAAGGUUUUGCCAUAGUUUCUGUGUGCUACUCAGAGUUAUUUUCCAUUUGUUUCCCAGGUUUCAACCUUUUUUGUUCUUCUGUGUUUAGGAGUCUGUGUUUUUUUAUUUUCUAUAUUGCUCUGUUUUCCUGAUAUGGAACCACUCUGAACAGCUGGAGAAUUUAUAUGAUUUUAUAGGCUAGGAUGGACUGACUACUGGCGAUUUAAAUGGACUAAAUUUCAUUUUCAGCAGAGGACACUACUGAAAGUCUUUUCCACAUCUAUGAAAGUCUGAGCCCUCAAGCAAAGUGUCUCAGUGUCUACUUUUACCUUAUGAUACAGCUCCAGGCAGGUGACAAAUUAAAGGGAAAACCAAGUGCCUUAAAAAGUUGUUGGGCCACCAUAAGCCAUCAGAACCGCUUCAGUGCGCCUUGGCAUUGAUUCUCUGGAACUUUGCUGGAGGCAUUUUCCUAAUAAACACUUUGGAGCAUGAAAAACCCGCACUAACACUUCAGUCAAAAAUCUUCCACAGGUGCCAACUGGAUUGAGAUUUGGUGACUGUGAAGGCCAUAGAAUAUGAUUUACAUCAUUUUUAAUCCUCAUCAAACCAUUCACUGAGCCCUUGUGCCCUGUGAAUAUGGGUGGAGUCAUCCUGG